AUGUUUCCCUCGUCUGGUCUGUUUGCUGACAUAACUUGUCCUUUCUUGAAACGCGGGCCUUGUGAGCGGCCUCAUUGUUUGUACAAACAUGCCACAAAAGUGCGAAAUAUGUUUGCCUCCUUCAAAUCACCGAUAGAUGAUUUUGCAGGAGCCCAGAAAGGCUCUCCGUCUGCUGUCUGUGGAGCACAAGUGAUCAAAGGCGUAUGCCUCCAGGAGCUUGAGUGGAUCAACAAGCAGAUUGAAACGGUACAACACGAGGUGGAGCAGGAGCAAAGGCGACUGUCGCACUACCAGACUGUGCAGGCAGACAGCAGGAACACAGUGCGUGACUUAUCAGUUUCCAAGUUUGAGACAGCAGGUAAAAAUAUACACAAAGAUUCUUAUGGACUCCCUCCAUGCACAGACUUAACUAAAUCAUAUUCCAGAGCGAGGAAGUACGUCGUUGACAACUCAAAACCAAGGACUGAUUUAGAGUAUGACCCUCUGUCCAACUUUUCUGCAGCCUUGCAGUCUUACAGCUCAUCAAGUAAGGAGCAGAAAAUCAAAAACGGACAAGGGUUGAAAAGAGGGAGAAACGUUAAUAGUGAGCAAAAGAAACCAGUCACACAUCAGGCCCAACUUUCCAGAUUGCCUUCUCCAGACCUACUCGAUGACUCUAAUGAUGACAGCAUCUUGAUUAUUGACAUUCCUCCGUCGCCUGACAGAAAGAGAGGUCGAUCUCAGAAACCUGCUGAUUGUGUUCCUGACACAACACAGGAUACAGUAAAGGAACUCAAAGAGAUCCAACAAGCGCCAAUUUUACUUGAUUCCCCACCAAAGCUACUUGCAAAUGCUGAAGUGUUAAAGGAAAACUUAACACUUGACAACAGUGUUAUUUCCUCAACUGGAUGUUUGGAGGACUUGGGAGGUGAACAUCAGAAAAUUACUUGUUUUCAGACUACUGAAACAGAAGUGGUGAAAAGUCCUGUACCUGCAAGUCUUCCUCUCAUUGUAGACGAGCCAGAUCACAUUCAGAACAAUUUGGAGGUGGAAGAGGAAGAAAACACACUUUGUAUCGAAUUACCUCAGAGUGAGCUCCCUUGUGGUGUCAAGAAAAUGAAUCGACAUAAUUUUCCAAACAAGAAUUCACUUUUUUAUAAAACUUCAGCUGCUGGCUCAUUCUCGCCAUACAAACAACAUACAAAGCAUGCUCAGAAAAUAGAGGAUCCCACCCAGCACACGGUUCAGACUACGUUAAACAAAACGCCAGGACAGACACAGGUUAAAACUGUUAUUCACCAUGCUUCACCUGACGACUACCUGAAGCAGGCAGAACCAGCCUCAGGCAGCAGUCAGUGUCAGGCUCAAUACGGUUCAGAAACACCUGUCAACUUACAUCUGACAAACAAAGCUGAGUCUUCAUCUGAGGAAGAGCUCAACUAUUCAGAAGCAGAGCUUUCAGACAGUGACCCAAUGGAGGAAUGCUACAGGAUCUUCAUGGAGGCAAACAAUGCAGAGAAAGGAAAUGAAGAGCAGCCUGAUGCAUCUGUUGGAGCUGCAGAUGUGGAGGAACCAGAGAUUAGUGUCAAACCUCAAGCACUGUCAGGAAAGAAGAGGACAGCUCAUGAAGCCAAACAUGCAGAGCCAGUGGCUAAAAGCAGACCUCAGCCCCAGGUCCUGGUUCCACUUCGUGGAUCUGUAACACCAGGAUUUGCCUCCCAGCCCACCAUCACUACUAACAUCCAGCAGGUACAGCAGAGAGCCUCCAUGCAGACUGCUUCAGUCGAGGGCAGUCAUGCUUAUUUCUCCUCCACCUGUCAGAGGAAACAAGAGACCCAGAUGAUGGCUACUUCUCCUUUUCCUCCUCCUCCUCCUCAGACCUCAGUAAACGCACAAUCUGUUCCUAUGCAGAAUGCCUACAUUAACUACAUACCUUUGGGAACCGCAGUCAUCGAGGUGGGCAACAACUUGCACUUGAUCCUCCCGCAGGCGACCUUCCCUUUGCCUGUCUCGUCCAAUUCCAACCCAGUAACUUCAGUCCUAACCCCAAUCAGUCAAGUGCAUACAAGCCUUACCAUGAAACAAACAUACCAUCCACCUGCAGUUACCCCUUUUCAAAGAUACCGCUCAGCACCACCUCUGCUCAUUCCUGUGCCGGCACGUAAACCUGCGCUGAACUCUGGCUUUGCAUCAGCACAUUCAGGUCCAGCCAAUCCCGCCAUUCCUCAAGCUGCUAAGCCAGUGCCAACUAAGCGUAAAGUGAAGCAGGCGUACGAUGCACCCAAAGACAAAGUGCCUCAUGACGUCCGGCAGCGUUACGUGAACAUGUUCACAGAGGAGUUCCUCAAAAUGACGGCCAAUGUUAAUGAUGCCUUCGAAAAGGCGCUCGCUGAAGAGAAGACGGUGUAUAAUCGCAGCAUGAACAAACUCAAAUAUCUGAGUGUUGCAGUGAAUGCACUGAAGAAGCUCAAAAAUCAAAAUGCUGUUACUGUUAAAGCUAAAAAUGAUUUCAGCAGCCAAAAAUCCAAAGGCACCAUUCCUCUCAACCUGAAGAAGCUCAAAGGAAACGAUGAUAAGUCACUGUAUGAGAGUUUGAAGGAUUAUAUUAUGACUGAGGAAAAGCUGAUUGAGAGCAACUAUCCUGUCCAGCACCCGGAGAAACCUGGUUGUGCUGCUCUUUUUGCUGACAAUAAGAAAGGCAUCACAGACCCCCUAAAGAGGAUUUGCUGUCGCUGUGGGGCCACGUACUCUGUGAGCCAAACGGGCAAACACAUCCGCAAGGAGGAAUGCAACUACCACUAUGGGAAAGGAAUUGAGAAAAGAGUGCCAGGUGGAGUGGAGACCCGUUACAGUUGCUGUGAGGCGGUUAUGGGAGCGCCUGGAUGCCAACAGUUUAAGUUGCAUGUCCACGAUUCCCUCAGCCUGGAUGGGUUUGUGGCAACCGUCCCGAGACGUCCCUCAGAUACGAGUUGCCCUGGGGUUUACGCCGUGGAUUGUGAAAUGUGUUACACCAUUCAUGGCUUGGAGCUGUCCAGAGUAACGGUUGUCAACACUAGUCUUCAAGUCGUCUACGACACCUACGUCAGGCCUGAUAAUGACGUCAUUGACUAUAACACCAGGUUUUCAGGCAUCAGUGAGGAAGAUGUGAAGGGGACCCACACUUCUCUCACAGUGGUGCAGGAGACCUUGUUGAGCUUCAUCAGUGCUGACACCAUUCUGAUCGGACAUGAGUUGGAAACAGACCUCUGUGCCCUGAAGUUGUUCCAUGGGACAGUGGUAGACACAUCUGUGGUCUUUCCCCACCGUCUGGGCCCCCCUCACAAGCUGACUCUCAACAACAUCACUGCUGAGUAUCUCAGAAGGAUCAUCCAAGAGAGCGUUUGUGGCCAUGACACUGCAGAAGAUGCUGCGGCCUGCAUGGAGCUCAUGUUAUGGAAGGGCAAAGAAGAUGGAAAACUGAAAAAAUCAUGAAAAUAAAGCAAAAACUCA